GCCAAGUGACAGUACAAGAGGCUGGCCAUGACUUCGUCCGAUCUGAUCGACGUCGUGCAUCCCUGUGGCAAAGUUUGAAUAAGCCGAUGAAUGUGUGCGACAAGAUCGUGCUCUUCUUUGGCGCGUUGAUGAGCUCGUCCCUCUUUGCCUUUCAUCAUAUGAUCCCAAGCCCGUGGGAUUUGAUCUAUGUGGUGCUCGGCUGUCUCAUGAUGCCAGCCAUCUUCUUUCUGAUUUUGGUGCGGCACGUGCCUCACAAGAACGACGACAGGUACCACGUGAGCCGCGUCUGGGCGCGCGUGAUAUAUGGUGAAGAUGUAGAUCGACCCCUUGCCCUGUCACGUGUACGAAUCGCUGGCACUAAGGGUGGCAAGGGCAUGAUCCAGGACCAUGGGGCCACUGGUGAGCAGUGUCAUUGCAUGGGGAUCUGUGCAAGCUGCGUAUGUUGCCUCGCCGACUUCAACCGCGGCGAUGCUCUAGCUGUACUGCCCUGUGGGCACAUGUUCUGUGAGGCAUGUAUCGUGGGUUGGGCAUUCUCGGGUAGAGCCUCCUCGCGGUUGUGCCCAAUUUGCCGCAGUGAAGCUUGGGAGCCAACGGUCAAAAGAUCCUUAAGGAUGCUUUUUUGGGUUAAUGAAUGUUGA